UUAAUAAUUUCCUUUUUAAUUCCUUUCAUUUUCAGAUGGUUUCUGCAGUUUUCGCCAAACAUUUCCCGAAUGGUGUGAAGAUGGUGGUUUACAAAAUAAAGAAAUGGAAUCUAGUCGUAGUACACAGGCAGAUCAAUUAAUGGGUUUAAGAUCUCUGAGGAUUUCAACACCACAUUCCGAUUCGGCUUGCAGCAGUUCAGCUGAGUCAUCAGAUUGUGAAGGCACUUCACAUCACAAUUGCAAUGAGGCCCCCGUAGAAAUAAUACCCGGCCUAUUUUUAGGCAAUGCCAUGCACAGUGGUGAUGCAAGGGCUUUACAAAAAUACAAUAUAAAGUAUGUUUUAAAUGUAACUAAAGAUCUUCCAAAUGUCUUCGAAGCUUCGGGCGGUAUACAAUAUUUACAAAUACCCAUUACCGAUCAUUAUUCACAAGAUCUGGCCAUGCAUUUUCCAGCUGCCAUACAGUUUAUAGAGGAAGCUCGUUCUAAAAAUUCGGCCGUGCUGGUUCACUGCCUAGCUGGUGUCUCUCGUUCUGUAACAGUGACGUUGGCCUACUUAAUGCAUACCCGAGCUUUAAAUCUCAAUGAUGCAUUUACUCUAGUGCGCGAUCGCAAACCGGAUGUAUCGCCCAAUUUUCAUUUUAUGCAACAAUUACAUUCAUUCGAACGCCAAUUGCGUUUGAAUACCAAUGAGGCAAUGGAUCAAAGUGGCAGUGGUGGCGGAGGCGGGAGUGGAGUUGUUGGUGUCUCUGUAACAAAUACCGAUAUUUCUAUGGGUCCCUGUGCAUCAUCGAAAUUCUCUUGUAAUUGCAUAAACACCGAUUGUAAGUGCAUACAAUCCGGUGGUUAUAUAGCCCAACUGGCCAAAGCCGCUACUGGUAUUUCACCAGAUUCCGGUAUUGAAUUCGAUCGAUGGACACCGUCAUCGGAUACAGGACUUAAAUGAGAUCAACUUGUAGGAAAGAGUUUUGUACUGCCACCGAAUUUAAAUGAGCCACCGCAAACCUUAAAUGCCGACAACAUGUCGCCUGCCUCAACAAACUCUUCGUCUACCUCAACUACUACCACAGUCGAGGCUGUAUCAGUGGUUGAAGUCAAUAAGAAAUUGCAAGAAGAGUGAUGUUAGAAAUGUCAUCAGGUGGAAUUAAAAAUAUCCUUUAGAACACAAAACGAUUAAAUAAAUGGACGUACAAAACCUUUUCCUACUUGUUGUUAUAUUAUCAUUAUUAUCAUCAUCUUCGUUGUCGUCGUCAUCAUUGUCAUCUUGUUUUUAAUACAACUACUUUUUUGUCCUCUUUUUUCUUAUAUGAAAAAGGCACAAAUUUUAAGUCUCCCUCCUUCCUGCUAAAACUCCUAUUUUUUUUAACAAUUAAAAAAUUGUUUUGAAUUAAUUGUAUAUUGUACUUUGCUUUUAGUGUCACAAACACCUCUCCUUAAACAUUUAUUCAUAUGGUGAGGGGUGUUAGAAAACACUAAAUGAACAUUGAAAACAAAUUGUAUUUUAGUUUUUAAGUUCCAACAUUUAUUCAAACACAAUUAAGAUGAAAUCUUAAAUAGAAUUUUUAUGUGUGUUGAAUUGUUAUAAAAAAAAAUUAAAUUAGUUUUAAGUA